CGACAUGAGUGCUACGGGGCGGUAAUCAUUUAGGCAGUUUACCUUCGCUUCCUUGGGCACAGGGACUGUGGUUGUCUGCUUGAAACAUGUAGGUAUUACAGACUCGGUCGGGGAGAUGUUGAAAAUGUUAGUGAAUGAUGGUAGAAAUUAGGCAAAACGGAUUUCAGUUUGCCUGCAUUAAAGUCCCCGGCCACUAGGAGAGCUGUUUCUGGAUUAGCAUUUUCUAGUUUGUUUAUGGCCUUAUACAGCUCGUUGAGUGCGGUCUUAGUGCCAGCAUGAGUUUGUGGUGGUAAAUAGAUGGCUACGAAAAAUAUAGAUAAACUCACUUGGUAGAUAGUGUGGUCUACAGCUUAUCAUGAGGUACUCUACCUCAGGCGAGCAAUACCUUAAGACUUCCUUAAUGUUAGACAUCACACACCAGCUGUUAUUGACAAAUAGACACACACCACCACCCUCGUCUUACCGGACGUAGCUGUUCUGUCCUGCGGAUGUAUGGAAAACCCAGCCAACUGAAUAUUAUCCUUGUCGUCGUCCAGCCACAACUCGGUGAAAAAUAAGAUAUUCCAGUUUUUAAUGUCCAUUUGGUAGGAUAGUCUCAAACCGAUCUCAUCCAGAUUAUUCUCCAGUGAUUGCAUGUUGGCCAAUAGAAUGGAUAGUAGAGGCAGGUUACUCACUCGCCAAUUAAUUCUCACAAGGCACCCCGAUCUCCACCCCCUGUACCGCCGUCUUUUCUUCACGCGAAUGACGGGGAUUUGGGCCUGGUCUCAUUAAAGAAAAAAUCUUCGUCCAGUUCGAGGUGAGUAAUCGCUCUUCUGCUAUCCAGAAGCUCUUUUUGGUCAUAAGAGACCAAUGUACAAAAUAAGUAGCAAAAAAACACAAGUAGCACAGUUGGUUAGGAGGCCGUAAAAUGGCAGCCGUCCCCUCCGGCGCUAAUAACAGUAUAUGUUAUCUUAACUGUGGCCAUGAUGGUUUGAUUGUGUGUUCACAAGGGGGAACUUGUCUGAAGAGAAGGAGGGUGUAUGGUUGGAGCGUAGUUUGAAGUUCUUGAUGGUGGAAGAGGAAGACUUUUACAUCAAUUACACGUGUAAGGUUUCCAGCGACAGAGGCAGUCCUUCAGCCUCCUUCACACUACAGCCUACAGAUCCAAACAACCUGUUCCCUAUUGGGGUACUACUGAUCACUCUGGUAUUGGUGUUUACUGUUAGUAUUGUUAUUUACCAUCGCUUUAAGAUCAACAUCAUGCUGUCGCUAAGGAGGAUGUUUCCGCUUCUCCACACAAACACAGACUCUAAUGGGAAGCUGUAUGAUGCGUACGUGGCGUACCCCCGUGUGCAGAAAGACGAGGUGCCCAGAGAAGAACAGCCUGUUGAACUUGUGCUGGGAUUGAUGGGCUUUGGAGAGGACAGUGAUAGACAUAAGGAGGAAAUAUGUUGAAUGAAAGGACUUCUGAUACCAUGGAGAGUAUAAAAUGUUGUAUCUGCCUCUCACAACACAUUUUCAUGAACAUUUAUUGAAUCAGACUUUGGAAGAUUGAUCCUCUGGGGUGAGAUUUAUUUUUGGCGGGAUGAUGAUUGAUCGUUCUGCCGAUGGAAAAUGCACAAUUAAGAGUGUAUUAAUUCUGACCAUAUUGGCAGAGCAACUCAAACACACACGCAUGCAGACACACACAUACACACAAUUUACCACCAUGAUGUACAUACACACCACAUCUGUGAGAGAGCUUUAAUAAAGGGUGUCCAGUACAUUUUAUACCAUG